AUGGAGAAGCAACUGGAGGAGCUGAAGCAGCAGCUGGAAAAGCAAUGUUUGAUCAACCAGGAGCUGCAGAGGCAAAACAAAGACCUGGAACAACGACUGCAGGAAAAAGAAAAACUUCUGCAGGAACUGCACAGUCAAUACCAUGAUCUGGAGUUCCCCUCUCAGAGCGGUAAUGAGAUUGAACCGGAGGUCAGGAAGAGCCGUGCUGCUGUCAUAGCCCCCGAACCGAUCGCCGAGACCCUGGAGAUCACACGCACCAGGGUCAAGAAGACGGCCAGCGAGACGAGUCUGAUUGUCAAAGCUAUCCAGAAGAACGAUUUCCUGAGCCGCCUGGACGAAGAGCAAAUAGCCAUGAUGGUGGAUCUCCUGAUGGUUUCUAACUUCAAACCCGGGGACGAAGUCAUUAAAGAGGGUUCUGAAGGAGACCGGAUGUACAUCGUGGCAGUCGGCGAGCUCCUUGUCACGCAGGCAGGCCGAGACCUCCGAACUGUAACCACUGGUGAUAUUUUCGGAGAGCUGGCCAUCUUGUACAACUGCAAACGGACGGCAACGGUAAAAGCAAAGACAGUGGUGCAUCUGUGGUUCAUGGAGCGACAGACCUACAGAACCAUCAUAACCAACAAGUCCAAGAAGAAACGGGAGCAGCUCAUGGGCUUCCUGAAGACGUCUCGCACUCUGAAGGACCUGAAUGACGUCCAGCUGUCCAAAAUCAUUGACUCCAUGGAGGAGGUCAAGUAUCAGGACAAAGACGUUAUAGUGCGAGAAGGAGCUGAAGGAAACACUUUCUACAUCAUCCUUAAAGGAGAGGUCCUGGUGACAAAGAACGUGAACGGGCAUCAGAAGCAGAUUCGCAGGAUGGGAAAAGGGGAGCAUUUCGGGGAACAGGCCCUCAUACGGGAGGUCUUGAGAACUGCCACCUGCUCAGCUGACGGCCCCGUCACCUGCUUCUCCAUCGACAAGGAGGUGUUUGAAGAGACGAUUCCCGUGGAGCACCUGGAGCUCUUUGAUGACUCUAAAGUGAUGCAGGAGGCACAAGCUCCAGAAAAGUCAAGUCCCAUCUCCACGCUGAGGUUUAAGGAUCUGGUUCCUGUGUUAUAUCAGGAGGGACGCUUUCAAGGAGAUCCCGUCACGCUUGGAGUUGGAGGAUUUGGUCGCGUGGAGCUGAUGACCACCGUGAAUCAUGGGAAGUAUUACGCCAUGAAGCGAGUCAGCAAGAAGCACAUCGUCGCCAAACGACAGGAGGCACACAUGCUGUUCGAGAAGAAGAUCCUCAAAGCGAUCCAGUGCGACUUCAUCGUCAGACUUCACGGAGCUUUCAAAGACACGCGAUACAUCUACAUGGUCAUGGAGUUCUGUAGCGGCGGGGAGAUCUGGACCAAACUCAAAGAAGUAGGGCGUUUUGACGAGAACGUCGCCGUGUUCUGCACGGCCUGCGUGGUGGAGGCCUACGCCUACCUCCACAAGAAGAACAUCAUGUACAGAGACCUGAAGCCCGAGAACCUGAUGCUGGAUGUGAAGGGCUACGUAAAACUGGUUGACUUUGGUUUUGCCAGGGAGUUGGUGCGCGGAGAGAAAACCUACUCAUUUGUCGGCACUCCUGAGUACAUGGCGCCAGAGAUCAUCAAGAACCAGGGACAUGACUUUGCGGUCGACUUCUGGUCUCUUGGCAUCCUGAUCUUUGAACUAUUGGUUGGAAGCCCUCCCUUUUCCAGCUCAGAGCCCCAGAAGAUUUAUUCCAAAAUUCUGGAUGGAGUGCUGAAGUAUCCACCUUACUUAAGUGAAGCGUCCAAGUCCAUCAUCAGUAAACUGUGCAGGCCUCGGCCGGGUCAGAGGUUAGGAAACACCAAGAACGGAAUCAAAGACGUCCGGCAUCACAGGUGGUUCAGCAGCAUGAACUGGCACAAGCUGCGUGUGGGUCAGCUGGACGCCCCCACGGUUCGGCUCAUACGCAAGGGCCCCUGCUACAUCAACUUCGAUCGCUUCCCUCACGACCAGACGAAGGCGGACGAGGAGUUCUCCGGCUGGGAUCGUGACUUCUGA